CUUUUUCUUUUUGAAUGAACUGAGGGGGUGAAGUGCGAAGUCCUGCCUUUGCUGGUCGUCGCCUUUCAUAUCGCUUAUGCCACGAUUGAAGAUGUUGUGAAACAUUGUUUUUUAAACUGGGAAAUCGUUUCACUGUUUGUUUUUACUCGCAAUAAAGCUGCGAAACGUAACACAUCUUUUGGAACGAUUUCUUUUUCUUGAUAGGCCAGCGCGUCCAGCAGGUAAAGUUUUCCCCUAUUUAGCCCAUUUUUGCUUUGUUUGGAACAGUCGCUCCAUACUGUCAGCAAAGAUCGAGACAACUUGAGUUUGAGGGACUCGACAAGCCGCGGAGCAAAUGAAUGGAGAUUGAAUGAUUGAUCCCACACUGGCAGCGCAUCAGCCGGGCAACAUCGCAUGGUGAUCAGCGGUUUCCAGAGGGCGUCCUUGUUGUGGAUUUUACUCGUCAACUCAUCCCAAACCUCAGCUGAUGAUGUCUUCAGCCCUUGAAGACUGUCGUGUAAAAUGACGUGCAGAAGAACAUCAGUCAGAGCUGCAGCAGUGCUGAUGAUACUUGUGGUGAAUGUCUUCAGAGGACACUCCCUCACAUGUCGUCGAUUAGAGUAUCAGAUGGGGAAUAGAUGCUGUCCCAAGUGUCUCCCUGGAAGUCGAGUUAAAACUCACUGCACUGAGUUUAGACCCCCUUCCUGUCAGCGCUGCACUGAGGGAACCUUCAUGAAUCAUCCUACUGACCUGUCACAGUGUUUCACAUGUACAAACUGUGAUGCAGCUUCUGGUUUGAAAUUAAAAACUUCAUGUACAGCAACAUCAGAUGCUGUGUGUGAGCCACUGGAGGGAUUCUACUGCAUGGACUCUGCAGAGGAGGGCUGUAAGGCAGCAGAGAAACACUCAAGCUGUCAGCCAGGACAGUACAUCAGUCAGAGAGGAACAGCAUUAAGAGACACUGAGUGCUCUGACUGCAGUGAGGGAACAUAUUCUGAUGGAACAUUUCCAUCCUGUCAGCCACACACACAAUGUGAAUCAGUGCAUCUUCAGCUGAUAAAAGCAGGGACUGUUUCAACUGAUGCUGAAUGUGGAGAGCAAAGUCCAGACAGCAGAGGACUUGUGGUCGUCGUUGGUGUGUCUGUAUGUCUUAUAGCAGUUGCAGCAGUUGCAUGGUGGUGUACACUGGAAGAAGAAAAAGCAAGACAACAGUGAGGAACCUGUGCAUGCUGCUGAAUCAGUGGUGAUGAUUCAACAGCCAUAGUGACAGCAGCAGUGCACAGAAAUGAAAUCAGCCCAGAGUUUCCUGUACAGAACUGCUGGUCUGCAGUGGAUCAUCAUCUCACACACAUGUUGUGUUGUCACUGUGUGACAGCUCCAGGCUCCUCAUCCAGCAGAUCCCUGAGGAGGAAAGUCUCAGUCAGAGUGUUUCUGUGAUGAAUUCCAGUAGGUCAUCUUCAUGUUGCUGUACGUGAUCUCCUGUGGGGGCCACACAGAGCUCACAGGGGGACCUGAACAUCAGACAGACUGAAAACUUUAUCUG